AUGCUGUCGCCCUCUGCAUCCAGCGAAAAUCUUACGCAAACGACAGACCCUCGACCGAGUGACCCCCUGCUCGGCUUCUCAAACGCGCAGAGGAGGAGGGGUCGAUCGCCUGGCCGCACGAGGGUAACCUUUGCGGCCGAAGAACCCAGCGACAGCGAUGUCGAUGCGACGGGCAAUGCAUUCGAUGAGCUUCAGGCAGGAGUGAGGAGGGUCGAGGCGACCACGACUGUGUGGUCCAAGACCCAUCUCUUCGCCGCCUACGCCAACAUUUGGUUCAUCUACUUCAUCAUAUCCAUAGAGGAAGUUGUCGUUGGGACCAUGGAGCCGUUCGUCACGAGCGCGUUCGAAAAGCACUCGCUCACGGCUGCUGUCGAGGUCAUGUCGAGCAUCAUUGGCGGUCUGACCAAGAUCCCCAUCGCCAAGAUCCUCGACACCUGGGGCCGGCCGCAGGGCUUGGCGUUGACGCUGUGCGUUUGGGUCCUGGGGCUCGUCAUGAUGGCUUCAUGCCAAAAUGUUGAAAUCUUUGCCGCAGCAAAGGUGUUCAGCUCCGUCGGAUCCCAAGGCGUGACGUAUUGCCUCACCAUUUUCAUCGCGGACACCUCAUCGCUGCUGAAUCGCCCGUUGAUGCUAGCGUUUGCGUCGUCUCCUUAUGUGAUCACGACCUGGAUCGGCGGCCCCGUGUCCGAAGCCAUCUUGAACGGACCCGGCUGGAGAUGGGGCUUCGGCAUCUGGACCAUUGUUACACCCAUCGUCGUUUUGCCACUGUCCGCUCUGUUCUUCUGGAACGAUAGAAAGGCUGAGAACGCCGGCAUUAUCGAGCGACGUACCGGCCAUAUCACGCUCCGGGAUAUCAGGAAGUAUGUGAUUGAUGUGGACUUGAUCGGUGGCCUUAUCCUGGCUGGAGGCAUGGCCCUCUUCUUGCUGCCGUUCAAUAUCUGGUCUUACCAAGCCGAGCAAUGGCGCUCACCUCUCAUCAUCGGAAUGAUCGUUUCUGGCAGCGCACUGAUUGUGGCAUUUGUUCUCUGGGAAAAGUACCUGGCCCCCGUCAAGUUGGUGCCCUUGAAGCUGCUCAUGGAUCGCACCGUCUUCUCGGCAGGCAUCAUGUUUAUCUUUGUGUUCGGCCAGUCGUCCAUCUGGGGCAGUUUCUUUACUUCGAUGCUAUACGUUGUAUGGGACACGAGCAUCACCGAAGCCACCUACAUCCAUAACACCUAUCGCGUCGGCUCGUGCCUAGCCGGCAUCAUAAUCGGCCUCAUUGUCCAUAGGGUCGGGCGGUAUAAGUGGAUCGCGGCAUACUACUCUAUACCGCUGACCAUGCUGGGCGUGGGGCUGUUGAUCAAGUUCAGACAAGCCUCGGAACCGCUCGGCUACGUGGUGGUAUGCCAAAUCCUCGUCGCCAUCGCCGGCGGGCCGACCGUCCUCGCGGGCGAGAUGGCCAUGAUGGCGCCGUCUGACCACCAGCAUGUCGCCGUGCUCAUGGCCAUCCUCAACCUCUUCUGCAGCGUCGGAAGCGCCAUCGGGUCGUCCGUGUCCUCAGCCAUCUGGACGGGCACCUUCCGGCGCGAGCUCGUGAAGAACUUGCCCCCCGAUGCACCCAUUGAUGAGAUCUAUGGUGACCUGGACAAGCAGCUGUCUUACCCCGUUGGGUCGGUCAUCCGCAACGGGAUCGCGCGGGCCUACUCCGUCUCGCAGCGAUACAUGCUCAUCACCAGCGUCUCCCUGCUCGCCUGUGCAUGGGUUUGCACGUGGUUUUGGCGUGACAUCAAGCUCAAGCGCGUCAGACAGGUCAAGGGAACGGUGGCAUAG